AUGGCCUACCCAUCUAGCAGAGAGGAUAGCCUUGUCCCAGAUGCUUUCGACCCACAGCCGGACUUCUUGUUUGAAGAUGGCGGCGAUCACGAACUUGCCAACAUGCAAAACAUGGAACAGAAUCUGUCCAAUAUUAUGCCUAACCACUUCGACCCAGCUUCUUUCAUGGUCCCAUUCAUGAUGGAAAACGCACCGAUGUCGCCGUCUUUGCACCCGCCGUAUACGCAAGCAGACAUCAUCGCGAACGGCCGCGGAAUCGGCGUUUCCUUCGGGCAGAUUACACCUCCAGAAGAGGACUUCAAGGUACAAGAUGUGCCACCUCCUCCAUCUCUUUCGACGCCAGCGACCCAGACACUGAGCGCAAAGUCGGAGCGGGCGAGGAAUGCCGCAAAUCAGAGGCACUCCAAGGCGAAAAAGGCGAGGAAGGAUAGCGUGCGCAAGGCCGAGGAUCCAGACGAGGUUGAACAGGACCAGGCCGAAGACAAGCGUGAGCUUUACCGACAGAAGAAUAGGAUCGCGGCCUCGCGGUGUAGGGCAAAGAAGAAGAUGAACACGGAAGGCCUAGAAGAGUCAGCGAGAGCAGCCAGCGCUCAAAACAGCAGAUUGAGAGCAGAAGAAAGACAUCUGCGCGACUUAUUCUCAACCCUGCGUGAUCAGGCGUUGGCACACGACCCAAGCCAAGGGUGUAAUUGCCAGGCAAUCCACGCAUACAACUUCCACAAGGCUCGAGAAUGUGCCCAGGCGACGAUGGGCUUCAUACCAGGAAUGAUGCCGUCUCCUACUCAGCGCAGCAUCGACUCCGGCUCGCCAAGUACGGUGGGCACCGCAUCGAGGGCACAGUCGUUUUCGAGCGUUCGUCCCCAAUUCGCGAAGACCUCUGGAGGAUCACAAUCUUCCGCCAGUUCGGCGGCAUUCGUGCCUGGGGCCGCAGAUGUGACGAGACAUGCCUCGACAAUUGGGGGCAUGAGCAAGUCGCCGUUUGCAUUUGCAGUGUCGACCGCGCAGAUUCCUCAGGACAGUCCCGUCAUGGGUGGAGAGUCUGAUGGCAACCAGAAUUGA